AUGGCCGGGCCGGGGCUGGCCGAGCUGGCGCUGCUGCUCGCGGUGCUGCUGCCGCCGCCGGGGCUGCCGCUGCAGCCGGAGAAGGCUGCCCCGUCCCGCUGCCGCCCGGACCAGUUCCAGUGCGCGCCCGGCCAGCUCUGCUUCCCCCGGGACUGGAUCUGCGACGGCCACCCCGACUGCCCGGACGAGGAGGACGAGCAGGACUGCGGGACCGCGACCCCGGCGGAGCCGAGUCCCGGCGGCCCCGCGGGGACCCUGCCCUGGAGCUCGGCGGGGCCGCCCGCCGGCAGCACAGAGGCCUCAGCUACUCCCGAGCCUGGGGUCUCUGUGCCAUCGAGGAGUCAAGGUUACAUGUGGAUCUUGAUUGCUGCAGGGCUCCUGAGCAUCCUGGUAGCUGUGGGUUCUGUUGCUGUGUGGGGCCUGUUCAAAGCAAAAAGCCGAUCUAACACCGUCAGUCUCGAAAAAGCAUCCAGGGAACAGCUUAUGCCUGACAAGAGCCAGACAGGCUCCUUUCCCUGAAGGGGAUCUUUACACCAAGGUGACGAGGUGGGACUAGCCUGGUCUCUCAUGCUCGCCACACAGCCUGACUGAAUUGGAUAUCAGCUCUCAAACCUGGGUUGUUACACUGAAUACCAAGAGAAUGCUCCCCCUGGAAAUAGGUCUUAGACUGUGGGACUACUAUGGCUCUGGAAAUAGUACAGGACCUUCCCUGGCACUGUGAAAUCAGCCCUCACAAAGAUGGUAGGAAUGUCUUAAUUGUUCCGAGCUCCAGUUGUUAAUGCUGAUUCCCACCAGUGUGGCCUUAGACCCAAAAAUGUUUUUCUCUGUGAAA